CAGCUUGGAAGAAGCUGUCAAAGGGUCAGUUCGACAUUCCUCGGCGUUGGGUUGUUUACGUUUUCCUGCGGUAGGGGUUGGCGAUUCGGCCAACAAAAAACUCAAUAUCUAGUGUUUUUAAGCCAACAAAGUGCAUGUUUUUACAUCUGGGAGUGUAUUAAAACAGCAACGCACCAUGCAACGAGAAGAAAAGCAGCUGGACAUGCUGCUGGAAGCUGUCCUCAACAGGCUAAACGAUCUGAAGCUCUCGAUCGGAGUGAUGAUACACCGAUUGGAGACGGAGUACGAGACGAUCAACUGGCCCACAUUUCUGGAUAACUUUGCCUUAAUAUCUAGCCACCUGACCGGUUUGAUGAAAAUUCUGAGCACCGAAAUCGGAACACCGCUGCGCAACCUAACCGUGCUGCCGUUGAUGCUUACACCGGAACGGGAUGAAGCUUUGCUGCAGCUAACGGAAGGCAGAGUACCGAUAUUUUCACACGAUCUUGCACCUGACUAUCUCCGCACAAAGCCGGACCCGGGCGCGGAAAGCAGACAGGCGGCACACGAAGCGAAGGCAAACAAUCUUACGGUGGAAGCAAGCAUGAAGCAGGUGGCUCAGUACAAUAAGGUCAUAUCGCACGUCUGGGACAUAAUCAGCAAGGCGAAAGAGGAUUGGGAGAAUGAAUCUUCCACCCGACCCGGCAUCCAGCAGACCAGCUCGAUGGCGGACACGCAAGCACUGGUGGCAGCCGUUGGGCUUGGCAAUGGUUUGACUGCCCCGGUAGGACCGCCAAGCGGUGCAGGCGUGAUGAUACCGCCCGCGAUAAGGCAAGGAUCUCCAAUGAGCGCAGUUUCACCUUCUGGCGGUGCUCCGAUGGGCAAAAUGCCAUCGGGCAUUAAGACGAAUAUCAAGUCCGCUAAUCAGGUGCAUCCUUACCGUUAGCAAAAUUAAAUGCAAAUUUAGUUUGUAGUUUAUGUAUCGAAAUAAAGUUAAGUCUCUCUAUAUUCAUA